AUUCGAUCACACCGCUCGUGACAGUGGAGCUGUUGACCAAUAGCGGUGCAUAUAAAUGUCAAAGCACUGUUGGCAAACUUAUUUGUAUGACAGUUUAGCGAUUUAUCGCUUAAUACCAGUAUUUCUCGCACUUUGGUUGUGGUGCGUUUUUGUCUCAGCGCCUGAAAGGACAAAAAGAAAGUGGGGAGAGUGGGGAACUUGUUCACCCACGUGCGGAAUUGGUCAGAGAUCACGUGAAAGGUGUCAAAAGAAAACGACAAAAAAAUGUCCACCGCAUAAAAAGACAACACAGACUAAACAAUGCGGCUCAGUUUCGUGUGCCUUGACCUCUGUCAGUUUACAAGUGUGGUCUUCACGCGAGAAUAAGAGACCACUUUCCCUUGGAACAACUUCAUCGAAAGUUGUUAUGACGUCACGCUAUGAUUUGAUGACGCCAGAUAGAGCAAUGACCUCCAGACAUCUUGCUAUCACGUCCUCAGUGCUUAUGAUGACGUCAGCCUCUGUGCCUGGAGUUACCAUGUUGUCAACCCAAAUUAAUAAGGUUUUGUGGACAUCUUCCCCUUUUCUGAUGCUUCCAAGAACCAGUGUUACAAAAACUACUCCCGGGAAUGAAGUUCUAAGUAAAACCGAACCCUCACCAACCUCCUCAUUGCAUUUACCUGAAAUUUCUACAUCAAUGGCUGUGAUGUUAUCGUCAUCUAGUAUGACGUCACCGUUAUUGGUGUCAUCCUCAACUAUACUUGAAUCACCUGCAUUAGUAAUAGCGUCAAGUCCUGUAUCAAAGACUGCAGACCGUAAGUCUCCAAAGAAGACUAACCAAGGCCCAAUGGAAUCUCCAUCUAGUCUUCACGCCUACUUCAAAACUGUAAGGAAAGACUGGAUCUUACUCAAUCAUCAGAUUAAGAGACUGUGGACGUCAAGCGAGAUCUCGUGCGCCAUGGUGUGCAUGAGACAUCAGAACUGUCAAUCAUUCAAUUUUAAGUGCUCGGAAAAGUAUUCUGACCAGCUAAAGGAUGUGGAUACUAAACAGGGUCAUAACUGCCAGCUAAACUCAGCAAAACACUCCACCAGUCCGGGAGACUUCGUUUCAAAGAAAGGAUAUUGUUACUUCUACCUGUGAAAGUGAUGAGGAUGCCUGUGCGCUGCUGUUGCCAUCCCGCGUCAUGAUGUCAUGAUGCUGUCACGCAAAACAUACCCGUUAUGUUAAACUUUAAUGCUCCAUAAAUUGACAUACUAGCACGUGUUCCAAUUCGACUUAUUGUGUGGACACUUCAUCUUGUUAUUCCCCUUUAUUUUUGAUGAUUUACCUCUAUUGUGUUCCCCCGCAAGAGAAUAAAG